AUGGCAGCGAUAGAGGAUCCGUCGGAAUCGUCAUUGAAAAACAAAAAGGAAAAAGAAGAAAAGAAAGAGUCGCCUGCGCUAGACGCCAGAAGAUCCUUGUUGGGCCGCACUGAACACCAUCUCUAUGUUCUCUUCCGAGACUACUACACCUGGGAAAAAUGUUGGUACGUUCUCCGCAAUCGCCGCUUGGUCCCUAUCCCUUCCCUUUCCACUAGAGGAACCUUUAUCGCGGCGGGCUCCAAGAUAUAUGCGUUUGGUGGGGAUUCUGUGUACUUGACAACUGCCGUAAGCAUCGAGUGUACAUCUCAGUCUCAAACGGUGAAACCCCUCCCGAGCAUGCCUUACAUGUUAACUAGAGCUGCUAGCAUCAUUGACGGGAAAAUAUAUGUAAGUGGAAAUUGCGAUUAUGACGGGGUUAAGGUUUCGAUGGUGGUGUUUAAUACAGAGACACAAAUGUGGGAGCCAGAGAUUAUAGAACCAGACAUCAAGGUAGGUGCUCAGAUUAGGUAUAGUCUUGUGAUGGGUGAUAAGAUAUAUAUAGCGGAUUAUUACAAUAGCGUUUUUUACGAUCCAAAGGAGAGGACAUGGGGAAGAGACGAGAUGCUGGAUUCUAACAAGUGGAUGCUUGCGGAUGCGUGUGUGCUUGAUGACGUAUUGUACUAUUACGAUCGUACUGAGAAUUGUUUAAGAGCGUAUGAUCCAAAGAAGAGGUGUUGGGGAGUGGUGAAUGGUUUGGAUGACUUGUUGGCUAAGACGAGAGGUUCACUGAGCCAGGCAGAGGCUGUGAGUUACUGUGGGAAACUGGCCUUGUUUUUUCUUAAAAAAGUAGUAAGAAGACCAGAAGGAGAGAUUUGGUGUGCUGAGAUUUCGCUGCGAAGAAGACAAGGAGGAGAGAUUUGGGGUAAAGUUGAGUGGUGUCAUCAUGUUUUGGGUACUAAGUAUAUAUCCCCCAGUAGAUGCGCAUGCGCAUUUAAAUCUCUACCUGUUAUGCUUUGA